AUGUUUGCUUCCGGCGUAGACGUCGGCAAGGUUGUUCUACCAAAAUUUUCAUUGCGGAGUACAAGAUGUUAUCGCAGCUUGAACCUCAAGCAAAAACGAAAUUGCAUUGUUGCAAAACUUGCGGAGAUUCCAAUUCAUCACCAGUCACCUGAGGAAUUGUUAAAAACGGUUGUGGGAGGUAAGGCCAGGUUUGCGCUCUUUAGUGUCAGAAAUGCAGGUAGCAAUUGCAUAGUUGUAAAUCGCAACUUUUGGUUGAGAUGUGCGAAUGCAGUGCUCCAUCACAGCAACAACUUUACCGCAACAGAACUUAUUAGGAUUGCCGAUUCCUUUGGUAAAGUAAAACAUCAGGAUUCAUCCCUUUUCAAAGAAAUUGCGGUUAGAUUACUUAAAUGCCAUGAAUCUUGGCGAUUGAAUGACAUACCACGUCUUCUUAGCGCUUUCAGGGCAUGCUCCGUUUUUGAUGAGCAACUAUUCAGCUCGGCGCUGCUCAUCAUACAGAAGAAUUUGGAGUCAAUUGGAGCCGAUGAUUUAACUUCUAUUCUGCACAGCCUUACAGUGACGACCGAGCAGGCACUUUUUCGACAAAUAUUGGAUGACCUCGUAUCGCCAAUAUUCACGAAGAUAUCGAACUUUUCCCUUGAGGUAGAUAUUCAAACUCAUUCAAACCUUACGCGUAGAAUAUCGUUAUUAUUUUGA